CAAAGGUAAGCCUUAAACCAUGGUUCAAUAGAUUGAACUUGAGUCGGGAUUUUAUUCGUAUAUUUUCCCGUCUCAUGUCCAAUCAUUGUUCCUUAGACGCGGUACUCUAUCGUUUUGACAUUGCUGGCAGCAAUUUGUGUAGUUGCGGCCAAGGUUACCAUGACAUCGAGCAUAUUGUCUGGUCGUGUGAGGUCCAUCUUGUCGCCAGAACGAAUUUAAUAGACUCCCUUAGGGCCCGAGGAAAACCACCUAAUGUUCCAGUUAGAGAUGUACUAGCUGUGCUAGAUUUGGACUACAUGUUCGAAAUCUACCUUUUUCUAAAAGCUAUCGAUCUUCGUCUAUAAUUUCUUUUUUAUUUUCAUAUUUCCCUUUCUAUCUUCCUUUCUCCUCUCACAAAGUGUUAAGUUAAGAAAACAAUUGUAAACAACAAAAUCGAUUUUGGCUCCUUAAAGCCUAAAGGUAUGAGCCGUUUCAAAUAAAGAAUUGUUAAAAAAAAAAAAAAUAUUUCCAUAUUCCUAAAGUCAUAAUACAAUAUUAAUUAUGGAGGUGCACAUUUUCGAAAAAUAUCCGGUGAACCGGUAAAAAUGGCAUAUUUCGUUAACUUAAAUACUUAAAAAAAAGCUGCAAAUUAUGUUUUCCUAUUUCUGAGAUUAUUUGGCCCUUCUGUAGCCUAGAACGGCUCCACCACUCCUCAACCGGAACCAAGCCUGGAUGGAAGACAUCUUUUAAUUAUCGAGAUGAUUGGGGACCUUAACAAAAACAAUAAUUACUUUUUCUCAUAACCUGCUAAAAUAAACAAUAAAAUACUAACCAUUUUCUGUUUUAAAAUUCUUGUGCCUCUGAUAAACUUCCAUCAGCGGCUUCCGGAUUUGUUUUUAUCUGCCUACCGUCUUGUUUUGGCAGCAGUCAUUCAUCUCAGAGGAAUAUCAUGCCCAGAACCGUUUUUGUACUGGAAAACGAAAAACCACGUCAGUUAAAUAAUGAUAACAAACGAAGUUUUUUUUUUUUUUUGUUAUUUCUUUAUUUGAAACGGCUCAUACCUUUAGGCUUUAAGGAGCCAAACUCUUUUUGUUUUUUUUACAAUAGUUUGCUUACUUCUAGUUCACUUUUUUUUAAAGAAAAGAAAAUAGAUAGGGAAAUAUGAAAAUAAAAAGAAUUAUAGACGAAGAUCAAUAGCUUUAAGGAAAAGAUAUAUUUCGAACAUGUGGUCCAAGUCUAUCACUGCCAGCACAUCUUUCACUGGAACAUAGGGUGGUUUUCCUCGGGCCCGAAGGGAGUCUAUGAAAUUCGUUCUAGCGACAAGAUGGACCUCGCACGACCAAACAAUAUGCUCGAUGUCGUGGUAACCUUGGCCGCAACUACACAAAUUGCUGCCAGCAAUAUCAAAACGAUAGAGUACCGCGUCUAAGGAACAAUGAUUGGACAUGAGACGGGAAAAUAUACGAAUAAAAUCCCGACUCAGGUCCAAUCUAUUAAACCAUGGUUUAAGGCUUACCCUUGGGAUAAUCGAGUGCAGCCACCGACCACCCAAGCAACCAAAAGUCGCCUACUUACUUAAACAUGGAAUUCCCAAGUUCACAUUUGGCUGAAAAAAGCUUUUUCGCGACUUUUAGGUACUCAUGUUACGUAGAACGUACCUAGGAACCUUGAGCGCCUUCUGAAAGGUAAAAAAGGUGGACACGGAACUUCUAAGCGCUUUCCAUGCAACUUGUGUACACCCAUGUGUUGUGGACUUUGUAAGCGAUCAUUAAGCUACUUGGAAGUGCUUAAAGAAAACUUAUAUGGGACUUUUAAGCGAUUUGUCAAAAUUUUCAGAAUUUGUUGUUGAUGUUUUUGUUGUUGGAGUUGUUGCUUUACAAUUUAUUGACUCGCUGUUGACUGUCAACAUUGAUAAAAUAAAAAUGGAAUACUCAAAGAAAAUUAGAAAAUCUGGCUUAUUUUACUAUCGACGAAGAAGGUUGGAACAAAAAUGGGAAGAGGAGAAUUCAACCGUUGCUGAGAACAGAGGUAGGAAAAAAUAUACUUACGUUCAUUUGACCACAGAUGAAAUUUGACUAACUUCCGAUUUUAGAGAACCAAUGGAAUCGCAAUCAUCAAAAUCAAUCGCAAAAUCUUCCAGAAUGUUCUUUAUUUCAAUCUCAAAAUGUUGGAAAUGAAGAUAGCUGCGAAGUUUGUUCUGAAUAUGACCAAUUCAGCGAAGAAGAUGAGUAUCAUGAAAAUACACCAGAAGACACAAAUAUUAUCGACAAGCUAAACCUUGAAGAAUGCCUUCGAUAUUGGGCAUUCAAAACCGGACAAACACAUGCUGCAAUAAACCUCAUCAUGGAAAUCAUAAGGCGUAAAACUGACGGAAAGAAGCUUCCACUUUCUGCAAGAACAUUGUUGAAGACUUCGAGAACUGAAACUUCGAAAAUUUUAGCUAUACCUGGUGGACAAUAUUGGUAUAGGGGAUUGCAAGCCUGUUUGAACAAUUGUUUUCAAAAUCUUCAAAAGCCGAUGUCCAUCUCCAUUAAUAUAAAUAUCGAUGGAUUGCCUAUGUAUAAAAGCAGCAGACUACAGCUCUGGCCCAUUUUGAUUAAUAUAUUCGAAAUGCCAGAUUUGAAUCCCAUGCCAGUUGCAAUCUACUGUGGGAAUAACAAACCAUCUGACUUAGACAGCUUUUUGAAACCAUUUGCAGAUGAAUUGGAUGUAAUUACAUCAAAUGGUUUAUGUAUAAAUGGACACCAUCAAGAUCAGAUGUUUUAUUUGCGAUUCACCUGCCCGUUCAUUUAUAAAAGGAGUAGCGAAUUUCAAUUCCAAAAAUGGAUGUUUGAAAUGUACUUGUGAAGGAGAGUACUCAUACGACUCGAAAACAGUUGUGUUCACAUCCAUAGAAAAUACCAAGCGAACGGAUGAAGAGUUCCGAAAAAACGCUUAUGAACUACACCAAAAAUGUUCAACGCCCCUUACUAUAAUUAAAACGCUUGAUACUAUUGAGGACAUUAUAGUUGGCGACAGGCUACAUCUGAUCGAUUUGGGAGUCAUGAAACGAUUGUUAAUUGGCUGGAGAGACGGUACGUUGGGGUUCCGAACAAAGCUUUCAAACCAACAAACGAACGACAUGAGCAGAGCACUGAAAGGUAUAAAACUUCCAUCAGAAAUACACAGAAAGUUCAGAGGAUUAGAUAAUCUGUAUCACUGGAAAGCAUCUGAGUUCAGCUCGUUCCUUCACUAUGCAAGUAUUGUUGUAUUGAAAAAUUUCUUACCAGAAGAACACUUUAAACACUUUUUACUACUAUUCAGCGCAAUCACAAUACUUUCAUGUGACGAAUAUCGAAGGUUAUUUAAUGUUGCUAAAGUUAUGUUGGUGACGUUUGUUGAACAAUAUAAGACACUGUAUGGUACAAAGUAUAUGACAAGCAAUGUUCAUAAUUUGCUCCACAUAGGGGAUGAAGUUGUCAAAUUUGGUAACUUGAAUACGAUUUCGGCUUACGCGUUCGAAAAUGAACUUAAAAAUUUAAAAAAUCUGGUCAGAAGUGGUUGGAAAUGUUUGGAACAAGUUGUUAAUCGUUUGUCAGAAGUACAAUGUCAUAACAUAUAUCGAGAUGAAUCUUCUAUUAAUUAUCCUUAUAAAACACCAUCUGGGGUAGUCUUAUUCAAACCUGGAUUUCUUUUGAAAAACAGCACGCAAGAUUGUUGGUUUCUAUCCAAGAAGAAAGAAAUAGUUCAAUUUGUAAAAGCUGAUUCAGAAACUGAACUUGUUAUUCAUGGACGAAGUAUAAAAGUUAAAAGCGAUUAUUUCGAUUAUCCUCAUAAUUCUUCUGACAUAAAUGUAUUCAAAGGAAAUAUUGACAGUUUAACGAAGUAUGAUUCGGUGUAUAAAUGUGAUGAUAUAAAAUGUAAGCUUGUAGCAAUUAACUGUGGUUCUCAUUAUAUAUUUAUACCGUUAUUGCAUACAAUGCAAAUAUAAAGGUUUUUUUUAACAAGUACUUAGAUUUUAGACUAAAACAAUUCAAAUGAAUUGAACUACACUUAUCUAGCAGUAAAACAAAUGAUUUCAUGCUACCUAGCAAAAACAAAACAAAUUAUUUCAUGUUAUCAUAGGAUGUAAGUUGUUGUAAAUAUUAAUA